AUGGCCUAUAACAGCUGGCCUCGUAUACUGUUUCUAUAUUUGCUGCUCCUGCUGCACUGUCGGCGGUAUGCUGCCACGCCCAAUCGGCGCAUUAUCUACAGAUUUACCGAUUGCAAUGCCGAGCAGCUGCAACAUUUGCCCAAAGUCUCGGCGAUCUACGAAUUAUCCGCUGUGACGUGCAACAUUUCAACGCUACCUAAUGCAUACUUCACGCGCUUCACCUCACUCAGCGCUCUGGAAGUGCGCGAGAGUGGGCUGGCGAAAAUUGGUGACUAUGCACUCAAUGGACUGGAACAGCUGCAGUGGUUGGUGCUACCCUGGAACUACAUCACCAACAUCAGACCGUGGUCUCAGACGCCGUUAAAGGCUCUGCACACACUCGAUUUGGAGGGGAACGCUGUGAAAACGCUUAGCGCCGAAAGUUUCAUGCGCUAUCCAAAUCUACAUUAUUUAAGCCUGGCCCAUAAUAUGCUUGAGCGCAUCAGCAAUGACGCAUUUACACAUUUGCCACAUUUGAGGCAGUUGAAUUUGGCGCACAAUCGUAUUGCCGUGAUUGAGUCGCUAUAUUUCCGUGGCAUGCAACAUUUGGCCCAUUUAUCACUGCAGCAUAAUGCGAUUGAGCGCGUGGCUGCCGACAGCUUUGAAACGAAUGCACAUCUGCGUUCUCUGCGCUUAGAUGGCAAUAAGCUGCGGGAUUUGGAUUUUCUACGCAGCAAACAUCUCAACCUCAGCAGCAAUGCCUUGCAUCUGCUUGCAGCAUCCUGUCUGGACAAGCUCAUCAAUCUGGAGGCGAUCGACCUGUCCGCCAACAAUUUGACACAGCUACACAUUGGACUCUUCGAUGCGCCCACCCAACUGCAGCGCGUCAAUUUAUCACGUAAUGCACUGUCGACCAUCCAUGCGGACUUCUUCGCGCAGCUGCCAUAUCUGCGUGCGUUGGACAUGUCAGGGAAUCAAUUGUCGUCCGGCGCAUUCAUCGCUCAUCUCUCGCCGCUGUUGCCACACUCGGCACUUACGCUGGAUUUAAGUGAGAAUCACUUAACGCAACUUGAUGUCGACGCCAUGGCUGCAUUGCAAGUCUGUGGAGCGAGCGUUGAUUUGUCCGCCAACCGGUGGCAUUGCCAGUGGCUCAUAGUUGAGCUGGUGCGCGCUCCAGCGCACGUACACUUCGGGCGCAACUACUCGCUGGCGUCGUCGUGGAGUGUGGCGCUGCUCAACGUGAGUGGCAUUGAUUGCUAUGAUGCGGAGCGUCAGCGCAGUAUUGUGGUGCUGGACGCUGGGCGUUUGUGGGAGCGACGUCAUAGUGUGGGUGAUGUUGAGUGCACGACGUUCGUUGAUCCUGUUAUGCCAACACCGCCGCCACUGGUUUGGCCGCGUGUGCGCGUGGACCGCUUCGACUCACGCUCUAUUAUCAUUUGGAUGUUGAUUGCCAUUGGCUUAGCGUUCACGGGGCUGCGUAUAGCGCGGCAGUUGAUCGACAGACGAGAGCAGACCAAGCGUGUGAAGAAAUUACUUGAGAUGAAGACACAAGAGCUGACGAGACUCACGGUGAAGAAUGUGGAAAGAAACAAUGAGCGAACUUAAACACUAGACUAAUUUCUUGGAAGAACGAAAAAGACCAUAUUGUCGAGAAGGUUAAAUUAAGUGUAUAACAUAAAUAAAAUAGCUUUAAGCC